AGGUGGCUUUAUUUGAUUCCUGUGAGUGUCCUCUGUGUAAUAUCAGGAAUUACCAGCGUGAUCUGAGUUGUUGGAGUUCAGCUGAGCAGCUAGAAGAGAGGAGUCAGCACUGUAUACCUAAGGAGCUCUUUGUAAAUGCUCUGCAGACUGUCAUCUGGGAAGCCUUGGGAAUCCAGCUUUGAAAUAUUUACGCAAAACCACUACCAAAAAUAGUCACUCCAGACAAAGCAGCCGUUUGCUCAGAUUGAUCUGAACCCGGUAACAGCAAGUCCUGAGUUAACACCACCCAGGAGACAGCCGCGAUGGGUUUUUUCUAGCGAUCCGAACGCUGUCUGCCAUUGCAGGACUGCUUCCAUACACGCUUCCGCAAUGAGCUGACCCUGGACAGGAGGGGAGCAGAGAUUGCUGCUGCUUUCCUGCCCUCUGUCCUUUCUGCAGCUGUUCUUAGCUGAUCAUCUCUUCAGGUAGCUGUACUAAUUUGUUCCUAAUGCUCAUGUCAGAUAAUACCUGAACAGAGAUGAAAGAACCGCAACUUUCCCUGGCGUUACCUGUGGGGGAAGCACUUCUUCUGGGAUGCGAGGGACAGUGGUGGAAUAGCACAAGCUUUUCUGCUUUAGCACAGGCUCGGGCAGCAGGGCUGAAUUAGCUCUGUCACCAGAAGAAACAGUCCUACAGGAAGGCUGCUGAGGUGUUACCUACAUAUGUAUUGGUGUUUCAACGAGUCAGGGCAUUUUUAGAUACGUGUAUUUGUACAAGCAGAAGACAAGCACGCUGGGAUCUUCCACUCCAGGCUGGCAUGCUCCCCCUGAUGUUUUGUGGUCAGCAAGAUUUUAAAGAAGGGCAGAAAUUGAAGGGCCAAUGAAAAAACAUGGUUAAUUAAAUGUGAAAGGUGCUGUCCUUGUUUGGACUGUCUGGUAAUGGUAUGACAAGCUCUGGUAAAGAGCUUAGCUGGCCAGAUUAAAAUUAAAAAAUUGUCUCAGUCCAUCUGCUAGCUCCAAGGAGUUUACUUCCAUCACCUUUUCUUGUUUCUUCACUAAAGUGGAAUACUGUCCUUGAAAAGAAUAUUCCCAGGAUGUCUUGGCUGGCUUUUUUUACCUAAUGUUUUUUCCAAAGAUAAUUAUAUGUGACAUCAAGACAUUUUCAAGACGGGUAAUGCUCUUGGUUGUUUCAAGGAUACGUUAAAGGCAACAGCUCUUUUGCUAAAAGGGAUUUUCUUCUCUUUUUCUUGCAUACUGCUUUUUUUUUUUUUUUUUUACACAAAUAAGUAUGUUUGGCUUCAUUUGGAAAAUCUUUCUUUGCUCUUCAGUUUUGGGAAUGAUUAAAGGUGAUCUUCAAAUAGUUUCAGCAGAAGGUUUUUCAGCUACAGAAGGAGGACAGGCUAAAGACAAGUCACCAGCCCCUCAGCUCAGUGGCUGGCAGUUGGCAAACCCUUCUCAGCCUCCUGAGUUGAAAAAGCUUAAUGGCAUCGUGAAGGCUGAACAGGUCAACAAGCAUUUGCUGUUACGAAGGAAGCGGUCCAUUCUGUUUCCCAGUGGAGUUAAGAUCUGCCCUGAUGAAUCUGUUGAGCAGGCUAUUGCCAACCAUCUGAAAUAUUUCAGGCUCAGAGUGUGUCAAGAAACAGUCUGGGAGGUCUUCAAGACAUUCUGGGAUAGACUGCCAGAGCGUGAAGAAUAUCACACCUGGAUGAGCCUCUGUGAGGAAGGAACAAUGAGUAUCUUUGAAAUAGGCACGAACUUCAGUCAGUCUGAGGAGCACCGGAGUCUGAUUGUGAAGAAACUGUCCUAUACAAAGGAAACAAUGGGCAGCUCCUGCACCGAUUGGUCAUGUGGCAGUAGUGGGACUCCAACUCCAGCGUCAGAUGCUGAUGUUACCACAUUGAGAGAUGCAGCUGCCAAUGUUCUUCCCCCCCAUGAGAUCUCCAUUGAGAGUCCUGCGGGUGGUACCGUCCGUGAGAUCGACGAUGCAGACACUACUAUCAAUAAUGAGAUAAAGAAGCAGGAUGAGAAGCUAGUGAGACCUGUAACUGAGCAGAUGAUUGAGUUCAGCAUUUUGAUUGUUGGUGAAAAGUACAACGAGGAGCUGAGCGACCCAGCCACUGUGAAGUAUCAAGUGCUCUCUGAACAAUUCGUUUCUCAGAUGGAAAGUGUAUUUGAAGGACUACCUGGAUACAAAAACAUCCAUGUCCUGGAUUACAGCUCUCCUGAGGAAGACAGUGGGGUGGAAGUUCACUAUGCUGUUACAUUUGACGGAAAAGCCAUCAGCAAUGACACCUGGGACCUGAUCAACCUUCAUUCCAACAAGGUGGAGGACAACUCCUUUAUGGGCAUAGAGGAUAAUCCAACAGCUGUGUAUACCAUCAGUGAUUUCCGAGACUAUAUUGCUGAAAACCUCCAGAAAAAUGCCUUGCUUGAAAACAGUUCCUUGUCUUUAGACCCUAACUCUCUCCAACUUACUAAUGUGAAAGAAAUACUACACCCUACACCAGAAGACCCUUCCUGGAUUACUGAGCAUCAGGUUGUGCUGCAGCGCCCAGAGUUCGAUGACAGCACCUUUUUAGCUGAACGGCCUUCAGCAGAUGAAUCAACUGUCAGCAAUACCUUGCCCUUUGGUUUCACCAAACCAGAUUCUACUUUGGAUAGUGAACAGUCCAAUGACAAUGAAAUCCAACCAAGACCAGAAAAUGUGGACUCUGAGGCUAGUUUGGCACCUGAAGCUCCGCUCUCCUCAGAGGCUGACUUCACUUCUUUGCCUGAUGGGCUGAAUUUAGACGACGAGAAUUGGACUCCUCAUUUGGUCACUGCACCAGUGUUAGGGCAUGAUUCUGUGGACUCUCCGGAAUGGCUUUCAGUCCCCAAUUCUUUAGAUGGGUUUGAAGAUACUGGACUAUCUGAAAACCUUCUUUUGCCUUCAAGUCCUCCUCCUCACCUCAUGCCUGAAGAACCUCCAUCUACAGAUGAUUAUGCAGUUCCUCUGCUUUCUGCACCAACAGUGGCCUCUUCAUCAGUUAUAAAGACUGAUAUUAAAGAAACAGUAUCUGCUGAGAAGGAAGUAGUAACUCAGGGUAGUCCUGCAGACAGUAACAAUGCAGACUCUGUGUUGCAUGGGCCUGUGGAAGAAAUUAAUUUUCCCUUAGGAGUACACCCUAUGGAAGAUGAAACCAAUAUAUAUCUCAGAGAUAGAGUUAUAUAUGAUGAUGGGUCUGGGUCAGCUUUUGAUGGUUCAGGAAAAGAAACGGAAUCAAGUAUUUGGCCUUGGGAAGAAGCAACAUUGGAACCAGUGUUCUACCCUGGUCCUGAUAGCUGGCUUGAAGAUGACAAUGAGUCUUUGUUAAUCAGAACUGAGGAUAUUCCUGAAGGCAUGAUCUUAGACUAUGUUCUUAACUCUGGGAACAAAAUAGAUGAUGAUCCUUCCAAAGAUGAGAAUGAAGGUAUGGCCAAUAUAAAGGAUGAUUUCCUCAAUGAGUCUGAAAUAUUUGUCAUUCCAGAGACUACAACUCAGCAGGUACCUCUGUUACAUACAGAAGAGCCACCAUCUAUGGAACCAUCUACACAGACAGAAACAUUGGGGAUGUCUGAUUCUUUUGUUAAACCAUCCUUGGUUUUGGAGCCUUCAGUGGACCAUUCCUUUGUAGACAUGCCAACUGGAGAGGCCUCCAUCUCACUGCACAACGCAGGUCUGUCUGUGGAAGAUAGUCUCCCUACAUCUACAGGGACUGUCAGUAUGGAGCAACCUGAAGAGUCCAGUGUAGGUCAGAGCAUCAUUUCUGAAGCAGUUGAACACCAAAAUGAAGACAGGACAAUGGUAGAAGAACUAUUCACAGCGGGGCAGUCAGAUGUAACUGAAGUCGCUACAAUAGGACACUUGGACACAAGCUCUUCAGAAAGUAUUCUGACUGCAGAUCCUUCCACAGUAAAGCCUGAUGUUUCCACAGAAGUGCAGCAAACACUAGAUUCAGCAGCAGUGGAGCAAGACACUACUGGAUCAGUGAAUAAACUAGCUGAUGUUUGGCCUACUGAUAGAGCACUAGAAAACUCAUUAGAUCAGACAGUGCAAUCAGCAACGCUGACUGCCACUCAAGUUUCAACUGCAGUUCCUUCUGUAACAGAUCAGGCCACUGUUCUAGAGGGCUUUGCUGGGCAGGGUGGUACAGACCAUGACGCACAUGUUUCCAUGAGCUUCAGCACUGUUAUGAACUCUUACGUAACGGUGAGCGUAACAACAAGCACUGUCGAGCUUCUGUCCCAUCUCCCUUCUUUGGGAUCCACGGCAUUGUCAUCUGUGGCUACCUCAACAAAGCUGGAGGAUGAAACGACAAGAGUCCUGGAUGUUUCAGUGGACCUGGAUCAUGUGAGCACUGUCCACUUUUCUCCUGAGCUGACUGAAGAGGGAAGGAGCAUGACUGAAAGUCAUCUGGAGCUAACAACGCAUGUCCAGUCCACAGAGAUGGCCAGUGUGGCUUGGGCCACACAUGAAAACCGCAGUAGCACUCCUGUCCCGUCACGAGCUCUAGUCGUGUUUUUCAGUCUUCGGGUUACCAACAUGAUGUUUUCAGAGGACCUGUUCAAUAAAAAUUCACCUGAAUACAAAGCAUUGGAGCAGCGAUUCUUGGAACUACUGGUGCCCUAUCUUCAGUCAAAUCUGACAGGUUUCCAGAAUCUGGAAAUCCUGAACUUCAGAAAUGGCAGCAUUGUGGUGAACAGCCGAAUGAAAUUUGCCAAACCCGUGCCUCGGAACGUCACUAAUGCUGUGUACAUGAUCCUGGAAGACUUCUGCAACACCGCAUAUCACACUAUGAACCUGGCCAUCGAUAAAUACUCCCUGGAUGUGGAAUCGGGUGAGCAAGCAGAUCCCUGCAAGUUCCAGGCCUGCAAUGAGUUCUCCGAAUGUUUAGUAAAUCGCUGGAGCGGGGAAGCUGAGUGUGUCUGCAAUCCUGGCUACCUAAGCAUUGACGGGCUGCCAUGCAAUAGCAUUUGUGAUCUGCAACCAAACUUUUGCCUGAACGAUGGGAAGUGUGACAUAAGCCCUGGGCAAGGGGCCAUCUGUAGGUGUCGUGUGGGAGAGAACUGGUGGUACAGAGGGGAGCACUGUGAAGAAUACGUGUCUGAGCCACUGGUUGUGGGUAUUGCAAUUGCUUCUGUGGCAGGAUUCCUUCUUGUGGCAUCUGCUGUCAUCUUCUUCUUGGCCAGGACCCUUCGAGACCAGUACUCAAAGAGUGACACCGAGGAAUCACAGGGGCAGGGUGACAGCCUCUCGUCUAUUGAGAAUGCAGUUAAAUACAACCCUAUGUAUGAAAGUGAUACGACUGGCUACAGCCAUUAUUACCGGAGAUACCCUCAGCUAACGUCCUACAGUUCUACCAGUGCAGAGACAUCCACAGACUACAGCAGUGAAGAGAUCAGGCACAUUUAUGAAAACAGUGAGCUUACUAAGGAGGAAAUUCAGGACAGAAUUCGAAUUAUAGAGCUCUACGCUAAAGACCGUCAGUUUGCAGAGUUUGUUAGGCAGCAUCAAAUGAAGCUGCUUUAAGAAAAAAAGAAAUCACUAGAAUGCAUGUGGGGAGAUAAAGACUACCUUGUUGCCACAGCAAUGGGCUCAGAUGUAACUGCAAAGUUACUUGUAGUCUUAACAUUGCAUGGAUGGAUACAGAUGUUUUCUAAAUGAACGGCUAAAAUGUACAGAUGUCUGUAUAUCUCAAUUCUGGCUUUUCUGUGUAACGUGGCUUUUUAAGAGGUGAUCAGAAGUGGCAACAGUUAUGAAAGUUCUUUUUUUUUUUUAAACUCAGAAACAGUGACAGUUUGUAUACCAAGGCAAAAAAAUAUCUCCCCAGGUAAGAGGAGAUACAUGCACAACCAAAAUAAAAUGCACAUUUAAAAUCCCUGUCUGGCAUUUAUCCCCUCACUGGAGGCUACUGUAGCAAUUUCAGAGGUAUAAAGCAACUAGCGGAAAGAAAUAUUUGGUUUGCAUGUGAAUGAUUUGUAGGGGAGGACUAUUGUGCUAGAAUUAUGUUAGCAUUAUUUUAAAGCAUUCCCAUUAUAAACACAAACAUAACCUCACUGGAAUAAUUGGAUGCCUGAUGUACAUUUUUCCACCUGGCAUGAGCAGAACAGAAUAUAGUACUGGGCCUGCAGGCCUCCCGAAGGCUCUCCCCAACAACCAGCAUCACCACUGCCUGUCCGUGACCCCAUGGGGCGCCCCAGCAAGGCAGGGCAGUACUUCUGCAGUGCAAUACGGCGGUUUUAAAGCCAGGGUGGUUGGAUCUCCAGCUGUUCCUGGCAGACACACAAGGGCUUCUAUCAUACCAAUGUUCCAUGAAGCUUAAGUGACUAACAUUGACUUUUUUGUAUGUAGACAUGUUGUUUGAUAUUUUGUAAGUUAAUAUGCAUUUUUUGUUGUGUAUUUCCCUACCAGCUUAUUUUCAUAAUGGAUUUAUUUGUUGAAAUAGAAAGAUGAAUAGUUUAGUGGUGAAAUACUACAGUGGCAUUUGUGCCCAUCCUUUUUAAAAAUAGAUUCAGUGUUUAAUCAAUGUUGAAUUCAGCCAAGUAAUAUUUGCAUUUUCUUUACUGAACUGGGCAAUAGCCUGCUAUGAGCUCUGUUUCAAAAUCAGGCUGUGAUACAUAAGUGCAUGCAUAUUUGGUAGAUGGCAGACUUUCCUAUGGGGAAGGGAAAAAAUGAGAUUAUUCUUGGCUUAGUGGAAGUCUGUGUAGAAUUCCUUAAACAGAAGAAGUCCGCCUGAAGCAUUUUAAAAUAGCUGAAUUGAGAUGGGGACCUCUGAGGUACAGAAACGGAGUUUUAUCUUCCAAAUUAUGAAGAGAGUUCUGACUACGUGUUGAGGUGUGUUGAGGCUCUGUUCAGUCACCCACUGUCUCUUGUUGAAGGCAUUAACAUGGCUGUCAGGGUUAGGGAACUAACAUCUCACGUUAACUUCUGCUAGCAAACAAGGCCAAGUUAUUUCCUAUUUCUACAAAGUCUGUAGUUCUUGGCCCACAUGUGCCAACAGCCACUUGAUACUUUUAAGAGUUAGGCAAUAGUGAGAAUUACUUGUCUAUAGGUGGCUUAGCUAAACAAGUAAAUAUUUCAAUGCAAUUCCACGUGUUCUGGAGAACCUCACCGAAUCACCUGCGUAUUGUCUUCUUGCCUUGAGUGGCAGGGAAUGGGUAUCAGAGCCACACAUCUGUCAAAGAAGUGCUUGCAUACACCACUGUAAGCCCAAAUAAUCCAAGAGAGCAGGAAGUAAUAUGGUGCUGCUGAACAUUGCUGUGACCAGAUAUUAUGAGACAGAGGCCCCUUUCUGCUGGGUGACAUAAGGGCUCUCAGAGCAACUGGUCUGGAGUUUGUGUGGCACAGCCCACUCCCUCCUGCCCCUGCAGUAGCACGGCCGAGCCAUCCAGUAACACCAGAUCCUGUUAUCAUGGUAACUGUACAAUGUAGAGGGGUACCAGGCUCAGGCUAGGCAUCAACCUGUGACUUGUUUUUCUGUUGCUGAGCUGCCAGCUCUGGGAGAUAGUUUCAGUGCUGCUCCUGCUAAGUACAGCAGUGGAGGGUGGCUGGGAUCAGGUGUGUCUUAAAGAUAUUUAAGUAUUUGCUGUGCACAAGCUGAGGAGAGUCUUGGUUACACUGAGUAUGAGGUAUUUCAGUGUAUAUA